CUUGUGUAAUGGAAUCCUCGCUAUCAACUGCUUUUACGUACAACUUCUGCUGGUGGAUUGUUACCCCAGCGUGGAGAAGAGGAGAUUCCCCAGACCUUGGCGGUCCUUUAAAUCUGGAUCUCUGCUUGCUUUUCUUUUUUGCAAAAGGGCAGAGUUGACGACUCUGACCUGCUCCUUAUUCAUCUUUAUUGUUGCUCUUGUUGCUAUAUCACUUGGACUAAGGGCUGAGGCUUCAUCAUGGAUGCCAUCACACCACAGACUGCGUCCAAGAACGCGACGAACAAAGACUCUACCCUUCAUCCGGAUCAGAUCGCUCGCAUCGACCAUACCUACGACCAAGCCAUCGGCACAGUAACCGACUUCGAGAAGCAGAAAACCGCUGAAGGCGAAGCUCACUUCCGUCGCUUAGGAUGGAAGCGACUCGCUGUCAUCCUCAUCGUUGAGGCCAUUGGUCUUGGAACAUUCAGUCUUCCAGGUGCCUUUGCAACCCUCGGCAUCGUCGCGGGUGUCUUCUGCUGCAUUGCCUUAGGUUUCAUGGCUAUCUACACAGCGUGGAUCAUCGGAAAGAUCAAAGUCUUGUAUCCCUCGAUCAAACAUUAUGGAGAUAUUGGUGGCUUGCUCAUGGGCAGGUUUGGUGAGGAGUUGUUUGGCGCUAUGUAUGUGCUUCAACUUAUCCUCAUCACGGCCUCUUUCGUCCUCACUGGCAGCAUCGCUCUGAACAUCCUGGCCGACGACAAAGUUUGCGGCCUUAUCUUCAGCGCUGUGUCGGGCUUCAUGCUCUUCAUCCUAGCCAUCAUGCCUUCGUUCGCCGAGGCCGCCAUCUUGGGUUACAUCGACCUGGUCUGCAUCAUGACAGCCAUCGGUAUCGCAGUCAUUGCAUCCGGCGUCAAUGCCUCCAAACAGCCCGGUGGCAUUGGUGCUUCAGACUGGUCUGCCUGGCCUGACCCUGAUGCAACUUUCAAGGAUGGCAUGGUGGCUAUCUGCAACAUCAUCUUUGCUUAUUGCUUUGCCAUGUACAUGACUCCUUUUAUGGAUGAGAUGCACACGCCCGAGGACUUUAUGAAGUCUGUCUGGACUCUUGGAGGUGUUGAGAUCUUUAUCUAUACCCUCAGCGGUUCGCUUAUCUAUGUCUUCGUUGGCAAGGAUGUGGCAAGUCCUGCUCUCCAGUCUUUACCUGGCAUUCUACCCAAGGUGGCCUUUGGCGUGGCUCUGCCCAUGAUCUUCAUCUCGGGCGCCAUAGGCAAUACCGUCACAGCCAAAUAUGUUCAUCUGAGAUUCUACAAAAACUCGAUCGUUCGGUUUGUCAAUACGCCCAAGGGCUGGGUUACUUGGCUCCUUACUCUUGCUGGCAUUACAAUUAUCUCCUGGGUUCUGGGCGAGGCUAUUCCCUUCUUCAACGACCUUCUCUCCCUCAGUUCCGCACUUUUCGUGUCUGGCUUCAUCCUGUACUUCCCAGCAGUUAUGUGGUACAAGCUGAUCUGCAGAGGCAAGUGGUAUGCCAGAGAGAACAUUCUCCACGCCGUUGCUUGCAUCUUUACCUUUCUCUUCGGCCUCUUGGUCCUUGUUGGGGGAACAUAUGCCACAGCUUUGGACAUCCAACAUCAUUAUGAGAUCGGAGCUUUCCGUACCCCAUUUUCGUGCGAAGCAUAAGGGACUACUACGGAGUUGAGGUGUACACUGUAGAAGUUAAUAUGGGAUAUCAUUUGUUUACUGUAUGAGCGUACUAUAUGCGAGGCGAAUUCAAUGACGUAGCAAGGAAUGGUGUUCAAGUUUAUUAUGUCCAUUAGAGUAGUCCUGAUCACGCUCCCUCCAAUGUACGCAUCUUACUCAUUCGCGUGUCCCUUAGCAGUAAAGAUCCAGUAUCAGUCAUACGGCACUCUGGGGCCGAAGCUAUGCGCGAGUGAUGAUCGACCUUGCCA